CUAAUUUUGACGUUUUCUGAUUAUGGUGGAUACAGACGUGGCUGAUGGAAGUUUUUGUGAUGUUUUUCUUAUCGUGAGCUAAAUAAUUGUGAAAAUGUCGGAUGCGAUUGUGCCUAAGGGUCAGCCCAUUCCCGGCGAUCCUGAAAAAAAGGGAUGGCUGUUCAAAUGGACAAAUUACCUAAAGGGUUAUCAGAGAAGAUGGUUUGUUCUUUCCAAUGGAUUGUUAUCAUACUACAGAAACCAAGCGGAGAUGGUGCACACGUGUCGCGGCACAAUUUCGCUGCUGGGCGCGCUGAUCCACACGGCGGACUCGUGCACCUUCGUGAUCAGUAACGGCGGCACGCAGACCUUCCACAUCCGGGCUCAUGAUGAAGUGGAGCGUCAGAGCUGGGUCACCGCGCUCGAGCUCGCCAAGGCCAAAGCUAUUGUCGCGCUCCACAGCCGCGCGCAGGAGUCGGACGAGGAGGACGACCAGCUGUCGAGCGGGGCGGCGGCCGCACGCGGCGGCGAGGGGGAGGGCGAGGACGCCGGCGGCAUUGCGAGGGAGCUGGCCGCCAGAUUCCACGACCUGCGAACAUGCUCGGAACUAGUGGCGCGCCACGGCGCGGCGCUGCAACGGUCGUUGGUAGACCUCGAGAUACCGCCUUCAGACAACACCAAGCAGGUCUCUGAACGCGCCACGCUCUUCAGGAUAUCCUGCAACGCGAUGAUGAAUGCUUGUUCCGAGUUCAUGAGUGCGGCGGCGGCGUCGAGUGCGCGCAUGAGCCGUGCGUUGCAACAUGAGCGGGAACAAAAGAUGCGCCUUCAGGAAGUGGUGGAGCAGCUUGCCCGCCAACACGACUCCCUCGAAAAAACAGUCACUGCGCGCAGCACGCCGCAUUCUGGAGGGACUGGCGCAACACAAGGUCACGAAACAGAGGAUGAGGACCAUGAGUUCUUCGAUGCAGUGGAGGAGGGAGUCACGACGACAAUGGACGACAAGACUUCAUUUGUAAUGAAAGUGCCUGUAAAUAGGAAAAACAAAGUGAAGAGCGGCGAGAGCUCCGAUGAGUCUGAGGGCGAAACUGUGACAGAGACCCAACAGGUGAUAUUUGUAGAGGACAAGGAGCGAGCGGAGAGCAGCAUGGGCGGCGCGGCGCCGGCAGACGCGGAGGCCGCGGCCGCUGCCAGCAAGCAAGGCAAGGAGGUCGACAUCAAAAUAUGGCCGCACGUGUCUCAAGUAGUGAGCUACGUCGACGGGCACCCGCGGCGGACACGCGUGCCGGACAAGCCCAACUACCCGCUCAGCCUCUGGUCUAUUAUGAAAAACUGUAUAGGUAAGGAGUUGUCGAAGAUCCCGAUCCCGGUGAACUUCAGCGAGCCGCUGUCGAUGCUGCAGCGGCUGACGGAGGAGUACGAGUACUCGUCAGUGCUCGACCAGGCUGCCAAGUUCAGUGACCCCGCGCAGCAGCUGGCGUACGUGGCCGCCUUCACCGUGUCCUCAUACGCCACCACCUCGUGCAGAACGAACAAGCCUUUCAACCCUUUGCUGGGCGAGACAUUCGAGUGUGACCGCAUGACGGACCUCGGCUGGCGCUCUAUCUCUGAACAGGUGUCGCACCACCCGCCGAUGGUGGCGCAGUUCUGCGAGGGUGCGGCGGGCUGGCAGUGCUGGCAGGAGUUCACCAUGACCACCAAGUUCCGCGGCAAGUACCUGCAGAUCAUCCCGCUGGGCGGCGCCUCCUGCGCCUUCCCCAGCACGGGGAACAAGUACAGCUGGAGGAAGGUGACAACAACAGUGCACAACAUAAUAGUGGGCAAGCUGUGGGUUGACAACCACGGUGACAUGGACAUCGUGGGCGAGGCGGGCCCGGCGCACGGGUACGUGGCGCACCUCAAGUACCUGCCCUACGGGUACUUCAGCAAGGACACGCAGCGGAAGGUCACCGGCGUCAUCAAGGACCCCAACGGCGUGCCGCGCUACGUGCUGCAAGGCUACUGGGACAACCGCGUGGAGGUGGCGCCGGUGACGAGCGCGUCCGCGGACAACACGCAGUGCAAGACCGGCAAGUUCAGCGUCGCAUGGGAGCGCGUGCCCGAGCCGCCCGACUCCGACAAGUGGUACAACUUCAGCCUGCUGGCGGCGCAGCUGAACGAGCCGGAGCAGGGCGUGGCGCCCACGGACUCGCGGCUGCGGCCCGACCAGCGGCUCAUGGAGGAGGGGCUGUGGGACGAGGCCAACAAGGAGAAGCUGCGGCUGGAGGACAAGCAGCGCGCCGCGCGCCGCGCGCUGGAGGCGGCGGCCGAGGCGGCGGCGGCCCGCGGCGCCCCCGCGCCCGCGCCGCCCGCCGCCGCCUGGUUCACGCGCGACGCGCAGCUGCGCCAUCUCUACAACCACCGCUACUGGGACUGCAAGCAGCGCCGCGACUGGUCGCAGUGCCCCGACAUCUUCUAGCCCUCCCCGGCGCGGUGCCCUUCCCCCUCGGGAGAUCCGUGUUCCGAUCGAGCUCGAUCCCCUCUCCCUUCGUGUACGGACUAAUCUCUUGUAACAUUUUAAUAUUCAAAUCGUUUGGUACUCAUUCCAUAGUGACGUUGUGCUCGUUUGGUUAUUUAUUGCCGUAUUUAUCUAUUCCAAAUUAGAGUUUUAUUUUCGGUUAUUUUGUACAUAUUCGUGUUCCACGGACCGCUGUGGCCUAAAUGACUACCGUUUUUAGCUCUUAGACAUUUUUGAAGCAGUUGAUUUUCCGCAGUUUACGAUGUAAAACUAAAAAAAAAGUUACGAGUAACACUGAAGACAACGAAGUUACUUUCGCUAUCCCUAACAUAACACUCACUCGCGCGUUUUAUGAUAAAUGUUUGUAUUUGACACGACUUUCGCAAGUGCUUUGUAGUCUAAUGUAAUGAGGUGUAUGUGAACAUUGUUUGCUUUAAUACGGUGAAGACUGGGUAUAGAAUGUAAGACCUGUCGCCUGCCGCCACCGCGCGCGGCGCGAGCCUCCCGACCCUUCAUAACAGCUGCGAACCGCUAGUUAGAAGUCACGGUUUUAUAUAAAAGCGAGGUGCUUCUGAUGUCGAUUUUUGGUUAUAAAAGCUUUGUCACGCUCUUAUCUCAAUAGAGACCGGCAAAUGUCUUUAAUAGGCAUUAAAAGUUCUUUUACGUCCGAUAAGAAAGUUGUCGUAAAACUAUGUUUAAUGCCUUAGUAGGAACAUUAGAGCAUUAUCUUUGUAAGUGUUAAAUAAACGCAAGUUGAUAUCAAAGUGCAGUGGCAAUGGCAGCUGAGCGACUGGCGCUACGAGUUGCUAGGAGGGCGAGGGGAUGCGGGUCAUAUCACGGAGAUACUCAGCACGUCACUCUGUCUGGACGUCACUCAAUGCAACAGUGGCCGUUGUUGAUAUAACAUUAUUUCAAAACCUACGACCUCCAACGAGUCUCAGUAUCAAUGACCACUUUACAAUUGCGACGACACGGCUGGUAUAGUGAUGCCUGGAUUGUAUUAGAUACAAUAAGCCAACUGUUGAUAUCAACUUGAAGUGCUCUAGAAUAUUUUGUAAGAUCUAUUACAAACUGUACAUUUUCAAGUGGAUGUAAGAUAAUUUGUUAAUAUUUUUAUUACAAUAGAAUAUUUGAAUACAAAGCCAUAACAUCUGUAUCAUGUUGAUUAUGAAAAUAAAAUAUAAUGUCGCAGAUA